AUGGCCCCUCGUCUUCUCUGUUGGUUCCGACGUGCCACCCAGCCUCGGUUCUCCCGCCACGAGUUGUGGCCAACGGUUGCACAAGUAAUAACACUUUUGGCCACCCCGAGGAUGGCGUCGUCCGAGGCGACCGUCGUCGUCGAGGACGACGACGACCCUCGCGGGGUGCGAAAGAUGAAGCGCGGCGGGUCGUGGGUGCGCCGCUCGCUGUCCGCCGGCAGUUUGCUGAACAUCCUCAGCGGCGCCCUCGCCCCCCCCCGCGACAGGUCCCCGCCCCGGAAGCGGCACAAAAGGACGUUCGCCAGAUCUCAGAGCUCCGUCGCUUCGUUGCCGGUGGUGGAGGCGGCGCCCGCGCCCGCGGCCGGCGCGUCGUCGCUCUUCGUCAGGGCGGCGCUCGCGCUCGCGCUCGCGCUUCUCGCGGUAUCAGCGGCGCUCGCGCUCGCGUCCGGCGCGACCGGUCCGUCCCUCGCGUCCGCUCUCCUCCCGCACGGCGUCCGCGCAACCGCGGAGACGUGGGCGAUGAAGCUCCAGUGGGACGCCGCCGCGCUCGCGUCGUCGUGGCGCGCGCUCCCCGAGGCGGUGGCGAACGACGCGACACACAGAGACGAGUACGGACUGCUGACGUUCGAUUCGCAGUGCGCCGCGCUGAGGGAACGCGGUCGGGACCCGCGUUGGCCGCUGCGCGAUCCGUCGGCGGGCAUAAACGACGGCUUGGACGGCCUCGGAUUUGACUCCGCGGCACAGCUGUGCGACGCGAUGGCGUCGUUGCCGAACACCCUGCGGAUGUACACGCACCCUCUCGGCGAAACGGAAAAGCGACGGUACCGUACGGCCCGCAUGGCGCCCACGUUUAACCGCGGCUACGACGUGGAGGAACACGUGUUGCGCAAUCUCGGCCCGAACGGGCCAUUCGCCGAGCCCGACCCGGCCGAGGCUAACGCGUUCCUCAUUCCGGCGGCGCCGUACCUCGAGCGCGUCGCCGCGUUCCCAAACAGCGGCCGCGACGCCAUGGCGGCCAACGUGGCGAAUCUCGUGGCGCGUCUCAAGAGAGAGGACGCGAAGGCGUGGCGCGCAGCCGAGCCCGGAUGCGGCCGGAUCUUCGUCUCGGCGCACGACACGGGGACGUACGCGGCUCGUUUAACGGACACAGCUGUGCGCGACCGGGCGGUGUUCAUCGUGGCCAACGCGGACGUCACGUCGGACGCGGACGUUACUAAAGACGUUACUAAAACCCCCCCGAUACCGCCGCGAAACGUCGAGUCGCGAAUGGCCACGGGCAAAGACGUCUCGGCGGUGUGCUCGCUGUCGUAUCACCUCCCGCGCGACGCGGUGGCGUUGGGCGCGAUGCGUCCGGUGUUCCUCGACGAUGAUAUCGGCACCCACCCAGAUGGGGAUGUUGGGGAUGUUGGGGAUGUCGGGGACGAAAAGUCGGCACCCGGGGAUGUUGGGGACGAGAGGCCGAUCGAGAUGUCGUUCCGCGGCACCCUUCGCGGCGGGGUUCGCGAGCGCAUCCUCGGCCACUACCUCUCCGUGGGGAAAUCGCGUAAUUGGGACCUGCGAUCGGACGGGCAGGUGUCGCCGAGUCGGUACAUGCGCCUGAUGCGUGACUCCAAGUUCUGCCUCCACGUCCGCGGCACGAGGGUGCAGUCGCCGCGGCUCAUCGAGGGCAUGCUCUUCGGAUGCGUGCCCGUGAUCGUCGCCGACGGGUACGUACCGCCCCUCUCGUGGCUCUUCGACUGGUCCAAGUUCAGCGUUCGUUUACCGGAGGUCGAGCACGAGCGUUUGCCGGAGGUGCUUCAAGGAGUGGACUGGGCGACGCUGCAAGCGAACCUGCGACGCGUCGCGCCCUUCUUCGUCUAUCACCGGACUCCGAUUCCCGGCGACGCGCUGUGGACGACGGCGCUGGCGGCGCAGAGGCAGAUUGAACGCGGCGACGCGUGCAAAGGCGGUGAGACGGAGGCUGGACGCUCUGCGGUCGCGGGUUCGAUCCCCGGCGGGGGCGGGGAGCGGGGCGCGGGUGGUGCGGACCGCGGUUCGCGGCGGGUGAGGAGGUUUGGUCGACGGUUGAUGGGGCGACGGAUGGCGGGGGAGGACUGA